UGCACACAGGACGUGGUAUACUCACUCUUCUUGGGCUUUACUCAGGACGAGUUGCCUUAUGGCUUCUCACAGGCAGACUUUUUCCACUGGCUCACACUUUUUCUAGUGCGCUCCUUCACUACUGAGACUUGUCUUGUUAACAAGAAAAAAAAAAGAAAUCCGGAGCAUUCAGCUUGAACCCCGUGCUGUUUUUUUUUUUUUUUCUGUGCGUAAUUUCUGUCCAGGAUCGAAAAGAAGGGCGACAUCACAACAACACGAGGACGAGGAAUCAAGACAGAAAUCAAACGAACUGGGGGAAAAUGAAAGCCGUCUUGGAUUUCUGCUUGAUUUUCCUCACGCUGCAUACUCCCGGCGUGCUGUCCUUGUCCACACAUGUAGCAAUCAUCUACCCCCAGGACCCCGUCCUUCUCAUGGGGUCCAACCUGACGGCCAGCUGCUGGGUCCACCCCGACCUCGGCGUCCACGCCAGCUCUUUGUUCUGGACGCUUAAUGGUCAACAGCUGCCCACCUCCCUCUACAGAGUGCUGAGCCCGACCAACCUCAGCGUGACGCUGGCCGGACUCAACGCCUCCAGGCAGACGUCCGGAGACAACCUGGUUUGUCACAACCACAAGGGACACAUCUUGGCCGGCUCCUGCCUCUACGUGGGGAUGCCUCCAGAGAAGCCGGUCAAUCUGACCUGCUGGUCCAGGAACACCAAAGACCUGACUUGCAGCUGGGCUCCAGGAGGAAGAGGAGAGACCAACAUUAGCACCCAGUACACGCUCAAGUACAAACUCAGGUGGUAUGGUAAGGAGAAGGAGUGCGAGGAUUAUACACACACCCAGCCUUACUCCUGCAGCAUCACCCGGGACCUGCACCUCUUCACACCCUACGAGAUCUGGGUGGAGGCCUCCAACCAGCUGGGCCGGGCUACCUCUGACGUCAUAACCCUCGACAUCCUAGACGUUGUGACCACUGACCCUCCGUCAGGUGUGACUGUGAGUCGUGUCGGGCAGUUGGAAGACCAGCUGAGUGUUCGUUGGGAGGCCCCACCUGCUCUCAAAGACUUCCUGUUCCAGGCCAAAUACCAGAUCCGCUACAGACUGGAGGACAGCCAAGACUGGAAGGUGAUGGAUGACGUCGGGAACCAGACUUCUUGUAGACUGGCUGGACUGAGACCAGGGACCGUGUAUUUUGUCCAGGUCCGCUGUAACCCCGUGGGCAUCUAUGGCUCUCGCAAAGCUGGAAUCUGGAGCGAGUGGAGCCAUCCCACUGCUGCAUCCACACCCCACAGCGAGCGGUUAAUGUCAGGCUCCUGUGACUCAAAGUCCAGCGGGGACUCCAACUCCACCCUGCGCAGGGAGCUGAAGCAGUUCUUCGGCUGGGUGCGGAAACACGCCUACGGCUGCAGCAGCAUGUCCAUGAAGCUGUACGACCAGUGGAGAGUGCUGAUGCAGAAAUCCCACAAAGCUCGCAACCAGGUAGGUUCUCCAAGGGGAUAAAUCCUAGCACAUGCUGCAUUUACAAGUCAAGAAAAGAACUGAGUGUGAUUUGUGUUUUUGUCUAUGUGUGUAUGAGAAGUGAGAAAGAGAUUGUAUUCGUAUAUGGGAAUUAUAAAGACAGUUUGUGUGGAUACCAGCAACGGACGUGAGAGGACAUCUAAAGGAAAACAGUGGAAUUUAUGCAUCUUCUCCAGUCGACAUUAGCACUGUUCUUCUCUGAAAGCUGCAACUGGGAGGGACUGAGAAGGUCAUCACAGACAUCCCUGUAUCACGUGGACUACUCUGCCCUCACAAAAGGAAAUUGUAGCAUGAAUAGCUUGGACAUCAGUAAAGGCUUUCAACAGGUACCUGCUCUAAAUGUGCACAGACACAGUCAAAACAGAUUCAAGCAAAAACUCAAGUGUUGCCGAAGCAUCUAGAAGUAUUCUGUGACCUUUCCGGGUUCCUCCUGUGGAUUCAAAGCACCCUCUAGUGGCUGUUCAGCGUCCGUGGAGACCCCGAUCAAUCAAAGCUUUCACUGUGGUCCCCAUGUAAAAAGAAAAAAAAGUAACUAAUUAUCAUUCAGUAUUCUUAAAUCAUUCUUUGCUAUAUAAGUGGAUAAUGUGCCAAACUGGUUCACCCAGGAUUCCUCUGUUUCUGAGUGACAGUAUGUGACUGACGACAUGAUGGUGUUUGUUUAUGGAAACGUUUCACUGCCUUUAUUUUUGUACUGAAUUGUACCAGCAUAUUUAAAACUGUAUAAAGUUAUGUUUUAUUUCUUAAGUUAUGUUUAGU